UCCGCUGUCGUCACCAGCUGCGCCGGAAGCGCCGCGGCCGCCGCCAUGGAGGGGCUGCUGUACCGCCGCCUGCCGCCGGAGGAGACGGGGGAGCUGCGCCUCCAGCUUCAGGGAUCAGAAGAAGCCAAAGCGUUUGUAAAUGCCUUCCUGAAGCGUAGUAUGCCAAAAAAGAAAGAUGAAGCUAUCCAGGAUAUAUUAACUCGGAAAGCUGUAGUUCUUGAGCAUUAUUCCCAAAAAAAGAGAAAGCAAAAGAGGAAGAAAACAAAAGGUUUUACUGCCAAACAAAGGCGAGAAAUGCGUCUUUUUGAAAUUGAGCCCGAACAGCAAAGAUACACCAUCUUUCUACCACUACAUGAACUCUGGAAACAGUAUAUCAGAGACCUCUGUCAUGGACUUAAACCAGAUGCGCAGCCACAUAUGGUUCAGGGCAAACUGCUAAAAGCUGAUCUCCAUGGAGCUAUUGUUACAGUCACAAAAUCAAAGUGCCCCUCUUACGUUGGGAUAACAGGAAUCAUUCUACAGGAAUUUAAACACAUCUUCAAAAUUAUCACUAAAGAGGACAAAUUAAAAGUUGUUCCCAAACUCAAUAAUGUAUUUAUGUUGGAGAUUGAUGGAUUUAUUUCCUACAUCUACGGAAGCAAGUUCCAGCUUAGAGCGAGUGAGCGGUCUGCAAAAAAAUUCAAGCUGAAAGGAACUAUUGACCUCUGAUUUCAUGGAAAGUCAGAAGUACUAAUAGAGAUGUCCGCUGUUUUCCUGCAGUUUAAAGACCAGGUUUUCUGACAGAUUAAAAAUGGAAUAGUUAUGUGAAAUACUUCUGAAGCAUUUCUUACUGAAGAAUGACUACUAUCAGUUGUCUUUAAAGCAGUCUCUCAGACUGCUGGAGUUUGUUGUAUCUGUUAUUUGUAUAUAACAUGCUGUCUUUUAAUAAACUUUUAUGAUUAGUAUGGAUUACCUGGCUUCUGUUUCAAUUUAAAAUUAUAAAGUUGCACAAUGGAAGUUACCUCUUGUAACCCUGAUAAAUGUUACUGUCGCCCUCUCUAUCAAUUGGGCUUUCUCUGCCUAUUAUGUGCUUACAAUGAGACUGGAGGUGAUGACAGCUGCUCUUCUAUAUUCAUCGUUCCUGGGCCAGCAUAACAUCUUCGCCUGGUGCAAGCAUAUGCAAGUAAGUUGUUUCAACUGAUAGGUUUUACCUUGAAUAUCUCCUUCCCUGUGGUUAAUAUUGUUACAGGUAAUAUGUAUGAGUGAAAAUAUAACCAUACUAAACAUGUAA